AUGCAGAAAAGCACAUCAGUCUGCGAGUAUCCGGUUUCAGGGCGAGAGUUAUUGCAAACGCGCAACGAGAUGACGACGGCAUCGAUGACGCUGAAGAUGCCGAAGGAUGGCAAGGGAACCCAUGUCGAAAUCAACAUGCGCAAGAGCAGCCCUGAAUGUGCGCCAUUCAACCAGAGCAUUCUCUGUGCAGCUCUUGCGCCCUGCCCGCAAACAUUCAGUGUCCUGAAGUCUGCAUGUCGGACAUGCGAAGACCACCUAUGGGCGCAGAUCAGUAUCCUAUGCGAGGAGAAACAGACCGCAGACAUGAUGAAACUAGAUGGUGGGUUCUGGGAUGGAGGCCUGGCAAUAUUAGAAAAUAUGCCUUCGCCACCGUCUAAAGAGGAAGGUGCAGCUGAGGAAGAAGAGUGGGAAGCAACAUCUGCAUUAGAACCAGGUAGCGUCCACGUGGAGGACAGUCUCACCGCAGAUCACGCAUUCCACGUCUCUCAGCCGGUGAUCAUCCUUGAUCAGACAAAUUCCUUGCUCGAAACCUUCGCAACUGGACUCGGGGAUGGAAACUUUGAUCCGGAUUCAUCAGAGUAUCCCAUAAUGACGCGUUUUUCGCCCACCUGUCUUUAUUUGCAGACGUUCGACAUUCUGGUGUCGCCACUCGCGACUCAAGUCAUUCUUGAGCCUUACCUACAAUUGAUUACCAUGUAUGCCGGCGCACCAGGAGACAUCGGAGUCGCGCGAUAUGCGAUGUUCUUGACUUCGCCCGAAAUUACCACGGACAUUGACUCAGCGUUCGAGGGACCGAUCCUUUCUGUCAUUGCGCUGCAGGCCACUCCCUCAUAUAUCGAGCUCCUGCUGUUUCGUUCCAUAGAGUGGAUGACGUUCGAGGACGGAACGCAUGGCACUGCGCCGGAACAGGCGACUGCCAUUUUGCGAUACUUCCCAGGUGCGGGGAGGGUUUUGCUUGUAAAGGACAUUGUGGAGAUGCUUCCGCGUUAA